UUUUUUUUCUUUUCUGUUCAGAAAUUUUUUUGAUACCGUAAACUUGAUCGUUUUUUGUCACUCCCCAAUUCGAAAAUGUAUAAUACCGAAGCCUUGUCACAACAAACCAUAGCAUCACAAUCACCAGCACCACCACCUCCACAGCAUGGUUACCAUGACAACAACAACGACAACGAAAAAUACUAUUCCGGCAAUGCAAACAACACCCAUCACCACAAAGUAGAACAACAGCAGCAGGAUCCAGAAGCAGCAGUAGUAGUAGAACAACAACAACAAGCGCUGCCAAAAAAGCGACAUUUCACAGAACGUAACCGGUGUUGUCGAUGUCUGUGCUGUGCAUGCUGUUUACCCGUAUGGGCACGUUAUCUCAUGUGGUUCAUCAUUAUCGGCAUCAUUAUCUGUAUCAUUGUCAUUGGAGCGCUCUUGGGCUCGUUCGUCAAAAACAUGCCUGUAGUCAAUGUCCUCGAUGUCACAGAAAGUCCGGGCGACAACUCAUCCCAAAUCACAUUUGACGGCACGAAAUUCAUGUUUAAUCUGGGGCUGAUUGUCAAUGUCGAGAAUCCAAACGCAUUGCCCAUCUAUUUGUCGGAUAUGCAAGCUACGGCCAAUAUGCCAACAGACAGUGGAGACGCAUAUCUCGGCCGUGGUUAUCUUGAUCAAGAAAAGAUUCCAUCCAAUUCGGACUAUAAUUUCACGUAUCCAUUUGCGAUCGAGUACGACACGCAGUCAUCCACUUCGCAGCUCAUGCUCAACACGCUGUUGGAGAAAUGCGGCCUCACGGGCAGCGAGGCAGAAGACAUCACCGUCAACUACAGCAUCAAUGUAAACGCGAGGGUGUUGUUUGUCAAGCUUAAUUUGGACCUGGGCGGAUCGACUACCUUUGGAUGUCCGCUUACAGUAAGUUGUUUGUUCUGGUUUCUGUUGCCGCUUAUCCGCUGGGCUAAUGGUGUGUGUGUUUGUGUCUAGAACGGUGGUCUACCCGGUCUGGGUGGAAUGUCUCUCGACGAUAUGUUUGCCUGAAAAAAAAAACGACUACGACGAUUACCCCCAAGAAUUGUAUUCUCCUUCUUCCUUGUACAGUUUUUUUACUUUUUCUGGAGAUUUCUUCCCAUGAAAAGAAAAGAGUAUAUAUACCCCCUCCUCCCGCUUUCCCCUUUUUAAAUCGGACAUAUUGCAUCUCCAAAAAGGAAGAAUCAUGCAUCCUUGUUUUUUUUGUUUACUUUCUAAUAUGCAACUUUAAAAAUGAUGGCUAUUACUACGUUGGCGUUGUUGUUGUUGUUGUUGCUGGCGGUGGUGGUGGUGGUGGUGGUUAUUAUUAUUAUUAUGGAUAGGCGGUCCUAGGGGUACAUCAUCGUC